ACAGUUAUGUUUUGACGGCGGAAAAACAAAGAUCAGCUGUUAGCGAUAACCUCAAAGUUAGCUAAAAUGUUCCGCUUGCUAUUGCGGCAAUCUAAAAUUAUUUCACAUAAUUAUCCAAACCCAUAUGUACGAUUACCAGUACAGAGAUGGAUACAUACUACAAACAAACUGCUUCAUGGCGAGUAUGAAUGGCAGGAUCCCAAAUCAGAUGAUGAAAUUGUCCACGUUACUUAUAUUGACAAAGAUGGUAAGCGAACAGAAGUCAAAGGAAAGGUUGGCGAUAAUGUGUUGUACCUGGCGCAUCGUCACGGCAUUGAGAUGGAAGGAGCUUGUGAGGCAUCUUUGGCAUGUACAACAUGCCACGUCUAUGUGAUUGGAAAGUACUACGAUCACUUACCAGAAGCGGAAGAGAAAGAAGAUGAUUUACUAGACAUGGCGCCGUUCUUGAGAGAAAACUCACGCCUUGGUUGCCAAAUAAUUUUAACAAAAGAAAUGAACGGUAUGCAGUUACAGUUGCCAAGUGCAACAAGAAAUUUUUAUGUGGAUGGCCACAAACCAAAACCGCAUUGAUCGUCUGGUCAAUAAAUGCAUUCACACAAAGCAAUGCCAACCACCCCAUGUGAUUACUUGAUAUAUAUGGAGCUCAUCAACGUUGAGUAUUUUACACCUAGUUCUUUUUUUUUUCGCGCAAAUAUGCGUAAAACAAAUAAUUGUUCACAUACAAAAGUAUCAUACAUAAAUAUAGUGUAAAUAUCUGUAAACAAGA